CUUGAACGCGCUGUCCUAGAGAAUCGCAUCAAGUACGAGAAUGAAUUUGUGCUGGAAGAAGAGCUCAAAUCGCGAGUAUUUCGCAAGAAAAUUGAAAACUCCAAUGUGCGCUUGAAAGCGAUUAAAACCAUAAAUGGCACCUAUAGGAAAAUGAUUCAAGUGCUGCGACACGAUGGCAUCUUCUACGAGCCAAUCUUGCGCUCGCUUAGCCAAGACAUUGAGGAUCAGGCGAAUUUUAUUAAGCAUAUUCUGUACUUGGGCAUGCCAGCGAUUGCGAAAUUUAAGGAACUCAGUGAAGAGUAUAGGCAAAUGGAGGAUAAAUCGCGUAAAAGCAUGCAAUCGAAAUUGCAAAUGAUGUCACAAUAUCGCAAAGAUGCCAAACGAUCGAGUUUACCCAAGCAAACGAUCAAAAGCGGAGAUCCCAUAUCGAAGGCUAAACGUUAUGUACGCGAAACGACAAGCAUGAUGUUCCUCAAGAAUGAGUUGGAAGUAAUUGAGAAUACAAUAAAACAAGUAAAAUUCGCCACGCUCUGUUCGCAAGCCAAAGAAAUCUAUCCGAGAAUAAAAUCUCAAAUGGAAAAUAAUAUCAAGCUGAAUAAGAUGAUCGAAAACGAUAUGCUGGGCCAUCAAACGCUGGAGAUGAAAAUGAAACGCGCUGAAGUAUUAGAGGGCAUAUUGGUGAAUAGCUUGUCAGAGCAGGAAAUAGGGUGAGUAGAACAAAUUUCCGGAACACAUUUAAGUAUCAAUCAAGUUGAUUUGCAUAAAUUUAGCCGUAUGGAGCGUAUACGUGAACUGAAGGAUGCCAUU